UGAGCUAAUGUGGUCGUCUGUGCUGCUAUUUCCAAACUAGGUGGCAGCACUUUAUAAAUGUUGAUACGGCAUUUUGCAGGCUUUUUACGUUAUCGCAAUUUUUCUACUAACUGCGCACGUAUGGCCAGUGAGGUAGAGAAGGCGCAGAGCGCCGCAGCCAGCGAAGACACUAUCUUCGGCAAGAUUCUACGCAAGGAGAUACCAUGCAAAUAUAUCUAUGAAGAUGACAAGUGCGUGGCAUUUAACGAUGUGUCGCCACAAGCUCCAACUCAUUUUCUGGUGAUACCUCGCAAGCCAAUUUCCCAGUUGUCGCUGGCCGAGGAUGGCGAUGCGGAGCUGUUGGGCCAUUUGAUGCUUGUGGGACGCAAGGUGGCCAAGGAAGUAGGUCUGGAGAAGGGCUAUCGUGUGGUUAUCAACAAUGGCCAGCAUGGCGCACAGUCUGUGUAUCAUUUGCAUUUGCACUUCUUGGGAGGUCGCCAGAUGCAGUGGCCACCCGGCUAAAGGCUAAUCUUGUGGUAUUUACAAUAUAUGAAAAGAUAAGCUUUAACAAUAAAUAUAGCUUAUUAAAAUAACAAAA